UCGGGCGGGGCUAAACCCAGUCUGUCCGUGACCGUGCGGGGUGUCGGGCAGCCGCGAGGGCGGACAGACGGGUCACAGCCCGGUAACGGCCCGGUCACAGCCCGGCGGCGCUGAACGGGACGGCAACACCGGCGCCCUCUCUCUGAGGCGCUGAGCGCCCUCGGUCCGGCGCAGUCGGUGCGUUGCCGCCAUGUUGUGCGGCGGUGCCGCGCUGCUGUGCGCUGUGCCGGCGCUGCUGGUCGCUCUGUUGGCGCUGAGCCGCAGCCCGGUGCUGCUGGCCGUACUAACGGCGGCUCCGUUGGUGCUGCUGCACGUCCUCAGCCUGGAGCCCGCCCCCCCGCACAGCGCACGCCAAGUCCUGCGGCCCCGCGGCGGCCCCGCCCGCAUCGCGCACCGCGGCGGAGCGCACGACGCCCCCGAGAACACGCUGGGGGCCGUCAGACAGGCAGCUGAAAAUGGAGCAACAGGUGUUGAACUGGAUCUUGAAUUUACCGCGGAUGGCGUUCCCAUUCUAAUGCACGAUGAGACAGUAGAAAGGACAACUGAUGGGUCUGGAAGAUUGUGUGACAUGACUUUUGAUGAGAUUCGGAAGCUUAAUCCAUCUGCAAAACACAGGCUGUGGAGCAAAUUCCAGAGCGAAAAGGUACCAACUUUGAGAGAAGCUGUAGUGGAGUCUUUGCAGCACAAUCUUACAAUCUACUUUGAUGUCAAAGGCCACGCGAAUCAGGCGGUUGAUGCCCUAAAACAGCUCUACCUGGAAUUUCCUCGUUUGUAUAACAGCAGCAUCGUCUGUUCUUUCAUGCCAGAUGUUGUUUAUAAGAUGAGACAAGCUGACAGGAACGUGGUGACAGCACUAACAUUCAGACCUUGGCAGCUGAGUCACUUUGGAGAUGGGACACCUCGCUUCAGUUCCUUAUGGAAGCAUUAUCUGUACAUGAUGUUGGAUGUCAUUCUAGAUUGGAGCCUACACAGCUUCUUGUGGCGAUUAUGUGGGGUUUCAGCUUUCCUCAUCCAGAAAAAUUAUGUUUCUCAGGAUUAUGUGAGGCAAUGGUCCUCAAAAGGAAUUCAAGUGGUUGCCUGGACAGUGAACACAUUUGCAGAAAAAACGUACUACGAAAGUGUCCUUGAAUCCAGCUACAUCACAGACAGCUUGGUGGAAGACUGUGAUCCUCAUUACUAGGCAGGGGCCUUCUAGGUACUCACCAACUAACUGAGCUGUCUUACUCAGGCAGGUGUGAAUUUACCAACAAGAGCAAACUGACUCUUCCUUUGCUCUGUUUAGUCUUGGUUCUGAAGUCAUAUCAGCCAUUUUUGAUGACAUACUGAAUGGUCAUCCUUGAUUCUAGUACUUGAAACAGUUUGUUCUAUAACUGUAAUAAUUUGCGAUUAUGUAUGGGAUCUUAAAAACAUCUGCGUGACUGUUCUGAGAACAGUGCCAAAACAUGGUGCCAAAAUAGAGGGCAGGUGUAUUUCCCUCCUUCAUGGAGAGAUGGCUGUGCUGCACCUUGUGGAAAGUGCAAUCAUGUUUUAGUAGUUCCUGGUGCUCCUCAGUUGUUGCAGUCACUGUUUCUUUGUUUGGGCACUGCUGUGUUCCAGCUGAUGUGCCACACAAUGCGCUGCACACUGUGUUGUGCUGUAGGAAACCUGCACUUAGCAACAGAACAGCAGAUUGCAUGGAUCACUGGUGCAGUUCAGUACACUGUGUUGUACGUGGACAUUCUCAGUAGUGCUCCUCAAUUAGAAUUAGUUCUAGCUCAGAGCAGAGCUGGCUGAUCUUUAAGAUUAACUUUAAGAGGCAAAAGGUACUUAAAUAAAAUAAUCAGUUGUAAGUGGAAAGAACUGUGCAAUUGUCCUGUGAAGUUCAGACUUCUGAAUUAGCAGCAGAUCAACUGCAUCUUCUUCAUGUAUUGUGACAGCACUCAAAUGUGCAACCUGCCCACACUGCUCAUAGCCAAACUCCAUGGCUAUGCGCAUGCAGAAACAGAAUAAAAUUGCAGCUCUGGUCUUGUGUAUUUUGUCCUUUUUGUUCCUGUAUCUUUGGUGACUUCUGUUGUCUUUAACACAAAAUGUGAGCUUAAGGAGCAGAUUUACCUUCUUCCCAUUUUUCUACUUUUGUCCAGAGCAGCUUGGGAGGAAGAAAUGAAUAAACCAGGCACUAGAAAAAGACAGCCUAAAAAAAUACACGUGUAUAUAUAUGUUUUUAAACCUAAAGCUUAUCAUAGCAAAGUUGUGGCUAUGAAUAAAAAGAAGUGAGAGUCA